AUAAAAAGCUCUUGCAUUCGACAGCAUGGAGACCACUGCGAAUGAUUGCGACUGGCAAGUGUCGCGACUCGAAGCAGACCCAACAGGACCCGUACGGAUUCUUGUCCAAACGAAGACACAUGUCCUCCCAGGCGACAUCUAUCAUCAAAAAUGCCUCUCUCUACUAUCUUAUCUGUCAGCAUCACUGGAACCGGGACUUCGAUCCUGAACGAGACCGCUGGAGCGCAUAUGGCGCCCGCUUUGGGUACCCGAACCGUCGCUGUUACAUCCUUCUCGACUACGGUCAAUCCGCAGACAAUGAAGUACCGGUCUUAUGGUAUGAAUGGAUGGGAAAAUCGUUUAAUAUUCUUGCGCAAGAUUUACCUCCCGAAAUACAGGUCAAAUUGAAGGAGUAUCCGUUUAUGCGCCCAUCUAUACAAGACAUGCCAAAAAGGCCAACGCCUGAUGCCAUUGAGAGACGCCAAAUCAUUCGAACCAAACUCCGUUCCGAGAUAAGUCUCUCAGACAGUAACUUUCAGUUCAUACGAGAACAUCAAGGGCAUGCAGAAUGGCUUCAAACUCAUGUAGAAUCCCGGUUUUGGGCUAAGUUCGAGUCACUUGUUAAUUUGCGAGAGAAAAAUGAUUAGUUUGGAGAGGUGGUUCUGGCUUGACGUGAGAUCGCUUGACGCAAUCGAAACGCUAACCGCUAAAACUGCGUUGCUGGUAAUGUAGUUCAGUGAAUGGCUGGGCGAGAUCAAUUAUAGAGAGAAAGUAAUAAUUUGUUAAUCAUCAAGCCUUCCC